AUGGCAACUCCAGGAAAAACCCGCGCGCCAUCCCUGUUCAUCAGCCAUGGAGCAGGACCUCUUCCGCUCAUUCUCCCGGACUUGGAAGAUUACCGACAACAGGUUGCCAAGUUGGGAAGUAGGCUUGACGGCGUCAAAGGCAUCAUCCUCCUCUCAGCACACUGGGAAAGUGACGAGCCCGAAAUCACUGCCCUUGAGGACCCUGGGCUCUAUUUCGACUACGGAACCGUAGCCGGAGCCCAGGAUCUCGUUCCGCCCGAGGCCUACGAGACCAACUACCCUGUCCUCGGAAACGCAGCAUUGGCCAUGGAGAUCAAUCACCGCCUUCUGGACUGCGGCUUCAAGCCGGUCCUCAAUCACAAGCGUGGUCUUGACCACGGCGUCUUUGUCCCGCUCAAAAUCAUGCGGCCCGAGGCAGACAUACCGGUUGUCCAGGUGUCUGUCCUUACAGGGUGGGACGAGGAGGAGGCCACAGACAAGAACCUGCGCUUGGGUCGCGCCUUGGAGUUUUUCAGAGACUAUGGGUACGCGAUCAUGGGGAGCGGCGGGUCGUAUCACGACUUUGAUACUACAAUGGCCGUGUUCAAAGGCUCUGGCGAGCUUCCCUCUGGGGCCGAAGAGUUUGAGGACUACCUCAAUGCAACGGCAGCAAUACCUGAUGCAAAGGCUCGUGAGAAGGCCCUUCAGGGCUGGCGGGAUACCCCGUCGAGCUAUGUCUCCCACCUGCAAGCCGAGGCAGAGCACUUUUGGCCGUUUCUCAUUGCUGCCGGUAGUGGUGGAGACGUUGCUGGGCGGCGAAUCCUCAAGCUUCUCUCUCAGGGCGUGCCCAUGAGCUUCUUCCAGUGGUGA